AUGGCACCAAACAAAGGCUCCGCUAAGGGCCCUUCCCAAAUCCAGCAAAAAGAUGGUCCCAAGCGUCCUCCGCCUAAGGAACAAAAGUCCAAGCCCCGGACUGCCCAAGAAAACCUGAAGAAGAAGAAGAAGAGAGUGUACACCGAGAAGGAGCUGGACCUUCCCGAGUUGAACCAAAUUACGCCUGUCGGCGUUGUCAAGCCUAAGGGCAAGAAGAAGGGCAAAACUUUCGUCGACGAUCAGGAGGGCAUGAUGACGAUUCUCGCAAUGGUGAAUGCCGAGAAGGAGGGCCAAAUUGAGUCUAAGAUGAUGAAGGCCCGACAAUUAGAAGAGAUCCGCGAGGCCAAGAAGGCCGAGGCCGAGGCCCGCAUGAAGGAGAGGAAGAACAAGCUCGAGAAUGUCAAGGACUCUCUGCGCACAAAGAAGAAGGGCAAGGCUGGCGACAAGCCCGAGGCCACGAUUAAGGAUAAGGUCUUUAAGCCGAAGACCAAGAAGACCGUUGCAUUUGCUUGA